AGCGUGUUUCCCAACGGACCCAACCUGCCGCCAUGGCUUAAAAGGAAAAUGCCGAUUAGUUUGAGCGAGACUGUGAGAGAGGAAGAAAAGAGUGAACCCUCAAAAAGAGAAAAUCGAAAUCCUACGCGCUCGGUUUAUCUUUCCAUCUCUUCCUUCAAUAUCUCUCGAAGCUCUAGAGAUUGUUUCCUCUUUGAUCAGUGAUAAAAUCAUCUCAGUUGCUCAUUCUCAAGAACUUCAAAAUCAGUGGAUCCUGUAUUCAGAGAAUCAGAGGCAGUUGGGGUUGAUACUUGCAAUUCUAUUUCAGAGUAAUGGCGAGGUCCACCUAAGUUUAGAUGCAGGAUUUCUCAAGAAGAAAUUUUGAUAUAAAAAGAUGGUGUUUGGUCAAGUAGUUAUAGGUCCACCAGGUUCAGGCAAGACCACUUAUUGCAAUGGCAUGUCUCAGUUCCUCAGACUCAUUGGGAGGAAAGUAGCUGUAAUCAAUUUGGAUCCUGCCAAUGAUGCAUUACCGUACGAGUGCGCUGUUAAUAUUGAGGACCUCAUAAAGCUUAGUGAUGUGAUGGCUGAGCAUUCUCUUGGUCCUAAUGGAGGUCUUGUAUACUGUAUGGAUUAUUUGGAGAAGAACGUGGACUGGUUAGAGUCUAAAUUGGCACCUCUAAUAAAAGAUCAUUAUCUUCUGUUUGACUUCCCCGGCCAAGUGGAGCUCUUUUUCCUUCAUUCAAAUGCCAAAAACGUUACUGAAAAACUCAUAAAGAAGUUGGAUCUGAGGUUGACUGCUAUCCACUUGGUUGAUUCCCAUCUAUGCAGUGAUCCUGGGACAUAUGUGAGUGCGUUGCUACUCUCGCUGUCAACCAUGUUGCAUCUGGAACUUCCACACAUCAAUGAUUUAUCUAAGAUUGAUCUCAUCGAGAGCUACGGGAAGCUAGCCUUUAACCUUGAAUUUUAUACGGAUGUUGAAGAUUUAUCUUAUUUACAAUAUCAUCUUGAUCAAGACCCUCGAUCUGCUAAGUACAGGAAGCUUACAAAGCAGUUGUGUGAAUUGGUAGAAGACCAUAGUCUUGUCAAUUUCUCAACCUUAGAUAUCCAGGAUAAAGAGAGUGUUGGAAAUCUUGUGAAACUGAUAGACAAGAGCAACGGAUAUAUAUUUGCUGGUAUAGAUGCGAGUGCAGUUGAGUUCAGCAAAAUCGCAGUUUGUCCUCUUGAUUGGGACUACUAUAGAACAGCUGCAGUGCAGGAGAAAUAUAUGAAGGAUGAUGAUGUGGAUUUCGAUGUAUAAUUGGUGUUCACUACUAAUGUCUCCCUUUUUCUCUUCUUCCGAUUCAUAAGGAUUGGGUGAGGGAUGUGUCUUGGGCACCAAAUGUGUCUUGGGUGAUGGUAUUGCAAGUGAUAUGAACUGUUGCAAAAGGUUCAGCGGAAAUGUAAAAUUUUGAAUUGGAAUGCUCCUGUUUGGAGAAUUUCGUAGUCUCUUACUGGUGAUAUUUUGGCUGUGGCCGAUGGUAACAACAAUGUUACAUUGUGGAAAGAAGCAGUCGAUGGAGAAUGGCGGCAGGCGACAACAUCAGAGCGCUAAAGCUUUAUUAUAUAUUUUGUGUUUUUCUUCCUCUUACCCUAUUGUAGAAUUUCUGUUCUUCUUUUUUUAUCCAGUGAUUAUGCAUGUCCUGAAUAGUCCAACACCUCUGUUGUCAGAGAAUGACAGUGACAGUGUUUAUCACUAACAACUUGACACGAACACUGUACUGAUGAAUA